AUGUCUACAAAAGUUGCCAUUACCAAAGAUGUACUUGCGUCCAUUCUUGACGACAAAUUAAAGCCCAUUAUGUCUACAAUGGAAGGGCUAAAAGAAUCGGUUCACUUUAUCAGUGAUAAAUUUGACACUAUUACAAAGAACUUUGAUGAGCUAGAAAAAAGAUUCUCAGCAACAGAGCUUGAGAAUAAACAUUUAAAAGCUGAAGUAUUACGAUUGUCGAGUAUUGUUGAGCAUCAUAGUGCCCAAAUCAACGACAUUGAGCAGUAUUCACGCCGUGAUUGUGUUGAGAUAGCAGGGGUGCCCGAAGGUGAACAAGAGAAUACAAAUGAAUUGGUGAUGAAAAUCGGUAACUUGAUUGGCGUGAACAUAAAUGAAAGUGAUAUCUCGGUUAGUCAUCGGUUACCUAAACCAAGCUAUAGUCAACGUGCAAGAGAAGGAAUGCCGGGAUUUAAUACAAAUCAUCCGAAGAUCAUUGUUAAGUUUGUGCGAAGGGUCACUAAGGAUCAAUUCUACAGAGCUCGAAAACACUUAAAAGAUAAAUCAACACGUGAUAUUGGAUUUUCCACAGCAUCAGUCAACAAGAUUUUCAUAUCCGAAAGCUUAACAUCAAAAAACAGGGAACUUUUCAAAGAGUGUCUUCAGUUCAAGCGUGACCAUUAUCUUAAAUUCAUAUGGACGAGAUCUGGGCGAGUUUUUCUGCGCAAAGAUACAAACAGUCCAAUUCAUGUUAUCUCUACUAAAAUGGAUCUACAAGCAUUAUCCCGAUAA